CAACAAACAAACGAAUUCCUCGGUAUCGUGGGAACACCGAGCAUCAUCGUUCGGUUUCCGCCCCCCCCUUACAUACGUUAACCCUAAUUUCGCCGUCACCGUCUGUGCCCUCCUAACUCAGGACGACCCUCGGCAUGGCCAGCGAGGAGUUGCCGUCGCCCACCUCGAGCCGCAAGCAUCGGCGGUCCUCGGACGACCAUGGGGCGGAUGCCUCCUCGAAGCGGCGCAAGCACCACCAUCGCCGCCACCGUCACCGCAGCAGGCACGGCCGCGAGAGCGAUGACGGGAUCGAGGUGGCGGAUCCCGCUUCGGAUCCGGAGCCCGCUUCCCUUGCCGCCAUCAAGACCGUUGAUGACGAGCGAGAGGAGGGGGAGAUUCUUGAAGAGGAUGAGGAACGAGCCGGCGUCGAUGGAGGGUCGGCGCAUGGGCUUAAGAUCAAGUCUGACGGUGUCGAUGCUUCUUCCGAUCUGACCAUGCCUGGGGCGAAAGUUGCUACAUCAGGGAAAAGUUUUAAGGUGCUCAUUCAUAACCAGAAUGGAUUGACAGAUUCAAAGAUGUUGGAACCUGCUCCAUCUUGUGAGAACUCGAGCUACACGGAUCAAGCCAAGCUGAGGGGAGAUAUUUCAGAUGGAGACACUUUUAUCCGGGAGGCUGAGAAUUUAUCACCGAGUGAUGUGGUUAAAAAAACUGUAAUUCAAGGGGAAACUAUAUUAUGCCAAUUGGAAUUAUCAGAAAAAAAUGAAAUUAAGCACAAGCACACGGAUAGAAAUGAUAUAAAAAUUCGGGUAAGAUCAAGAUCUCCAGGAGAAAGGUCUCCUGCAGCAAAGCACAGGAAAAGGGAUGGCCCUGAAGACAGAGAUUCUGGCAGUGUUUCGGAGAGGCUUGACUCAAAGCAGUAUCCUGAAUCAAGGGAUUCCAGUAGAAGAGCAUCUGAUAAGAUCAGAUCGGUAUCACCCAAAACCUUGCGGGAUGGGUACAGAGACACCAGAAUGUCUCCAUCUUUCAGCAGGCAACAUGACGAAGGCUAUCACAGGAGCAGGUCCAGCUCCCAUGAUCAUACAAGGAGGCGAUCCUAUGAAAAAGUUUUAGAACCUUCAGCUGAUGGCAAUGAUCAAGUUGAUUCACAUGGAAACAUGCGUGGUGAUUCUGAUAGGUACUGUGCUUUAGAUAGGUAUGCUGCUGGAAGUCAAGCAAAGGAUAAAAUUUUCCUUAGUGAACGAGAAAGCAGUGGCAAUAGAAAUGGUGACAGGCAUGGAAGUCGGGAGCGUGAGAGGAACAGGGAAAGAAACAGCAGCAUUGUCAGAGAAAGAGAUAAUGUGGACUCAAAUGAAAGGCAUCAUAGAGAAAGAGGGAGUAGUAAUUAUAGCAGAUACAACAGAGGGGAGGGCAGACAUGGAAGUCGGGAAAGAGAUAGGGAGAAGGAAAGAAACAGUAGCAGUUAUAGAGACAGAGAUAAGGUGGACUUGGAUAAAGGGGUUCACAAACAAAGAGAGGGGAGUAGUGAUUAUAGCAGGUACAACAGACGGGAGGUAAAUGACAGAGCAAGAGAUGAACCAAGUGAUAUUAGGGAUAAAUUUUUACAAAGGGAAAGGUUAAGGGAUGGUGGGCAUGCUAGAGAUAGAGAUGGUGAUGAUAGAGAUAAGAAUAGAGCAAGGCACAAGGAAGUUUAUGCGCAUGAAGGUAGAAAUCAAGGUGCGCAGUUGGAAACAGACAAACCAAGUAGCAGGGAUAGACAUAGGGAAUCUAGGCAUUCGAAGUAUGGAGUGGAGCAUCACAAGGGCAUAUCACGAUCUAAGGAUGAUGGUUCUAAUAAAGACAAUCCUAAAGAAGACAAACAAAAGUUGAUUAGGGAGGAAGAAGAAGAUUACCAAGAGAAAAUUGAACAGCAACUUGCCAAGCAGGAUGAAGAAGAUAUUGACAAGAUCAAAGAAGAGAGCAGGAGGAGGAGGCAAGCUAUUUUGGAAAAAUAUCGACAACGGCAUCUGCAGCAAGUUGAAUCCUCAUCCGAUGGCAACAAGAAUGCUGCUGAGAAAACUUCUUUGGAUAAGGAGACGUCACAUGGCUUUCAUGCUACCAGUGCCGAUAAUAAAGUUAUUAGUGAAGAGCUUGAGAAUGUACAUCACUCUGGAGAUGUAUAUGAUGCUGAUUUAUCAUUUACAGUGGGAAAGUCACCCAUGCAAGAGGGAGAUUUGACUACUAAGAAAAUGAACAAUGUUGGGGGACUUGGGGAGGGUACUCCAAAGAGUGAGAGAUCGGCAGACAUGUUUAGUGAUGACAUCUUUGGGGAAUCACCCGUUGGAGUGUGCAAGAUGGGAAAAGGUGAAGGCCCACAAAUAGAUAGAAGUUUUCUCUAUGACAACUGGGAUGAUGCAGAGGGAUAUUAUAGUUACAGGUUUGGAGAAGUGCUUGAUAGUCGAUAUGAAGUUAUUGCAGCCCAUGGAAAGGGUGUUUUUUCAACGGUUGUCCGUGCAAAGGAUCUCAAGGCUGGGAAAGGUGACCCUGAAGAAGUAGCUGUUAAAAUAAUACGCAACAACGAUACCAUGUACAAGGCUGGACAAGAUGAACUUAUUAUUUUAAAGAAAUUGGCAGGCGCUGAUCCUGAGGAUAGACGCCAUUGUGUUAGGUUUCUCUCAUCUUUCAAGUAUCGAAAUCAUCUUUGCUUAGUUUUUGAAUCUCUUCAUAUGAACCUUCGUGAGGUUCUAAAGAAAUUUGGUCGUAAUAUUGGGCUUAAGCUGACUGCUGUGAGGGCUUACGCGAAGCAGCUUUUCAUUGCACUGAAGCAUCUGAGGAAUUGUGGCGUUCUGCACUGUGAUAUCAAGCCAGAUAACAUGCUGGUUAAUGAGGCAAAAAAUGUUCUAAAGCUUUGUGAUUUUGGUAACGCUAUGUUUGCGGGUAAGAAUGAGAUUACACCCUACCUUGUUAGCCGCUUUUACCGUGCCCCAGAAAUAAUUCUUGGAUUGCCAUAUGAUCAUCCGAUGGAUAUGUGGUCAGUUGGUUGCUGCCUAUAUGAACUUUAUACGGGAAAAGUACUUUUUCCUGGUCCUUCAAACAAUGACAUGCUUCGACUUCACAUGGAGUUAAAGGGUACUUUCCCCAAAAAGAUGCUUCGGAAGGGUGCCUUCACUGAUCAGCAUUUUGAUCAAGACUUAAAUUUUCAUGCCACCGAGGAGGACCCUGUUACAAAGAAGCCUGUUAAGAGACUGCUUCUCAGUAUUAAACCAAAGGAUAUUGGUGUCCUCAUAUCAGGCUUUCCUGGCGAAGAUUCCAAAAUGUUAUCAAAUUUUAAGGAUCUUCUAGACCGAAUAUUUGUAUUGGAUCCAGAAAAGAGGAUGACAAUAUCUCAGGCACUAAGUCAUCCAUUUAUCACGGGCAAGUGAACUAAGAUGCUGAAUUUUCUGACUCUAACAAUGCUGUUCAACUAUGCAUCUACCUUGUAAACUAAAUUCAUUUUCAUCCAUCUAAUUCUUCUACAUUUAUCCAUCUUUUCACUGCUUGGGUGGAGAUUCAUGGAUUGUGUCGACGAGGAGUUGAAGAGAUCAUUGGUUUAGCCUUCCUAUGUGGGGGUCCUUAUCAGUGUGAUGUCUGUUUCUUGUAAGAUAACUUGCCAAAGGCAUUUUUUCUUUUGUAAAUUAUUCUUGAUCAUGGCCUUUUCAGGAUAUAUAGAAAUUAAUUAUUUGUUUA